CCCACGCUUUGUGCCUCUCGUUCCCUUACCCUCGGCCCCUCUACCGCAGCCCCUUGCCGGGACACACAACACAAGGGGGAUCUUGCAUCUUUCAAACAGGGGGCGAUUACUCCAACCCGGGGGAUGGCGGCACGCGGGGGAAGCACUCGUCGAUUCUCAUCAUCCUCGCUGCUGUUGAUGUUGUUGGUGAUCAUCUGCGCCGUGGGGUGGCUGGGCUGUGCGGAAGGAUUUGGCUUGCUGCCGCCGGCAACAGACCUGCUGCUGCAACCAAGAAUAGCCACGAGGACGACGACAUCUCUCCGGCAACGACAACAGCAGCUCGGAGGGCGACGAAGCUCGAUUGGCGUCAGCAUGAGGGGAGAGGAAACACCGUGUAAUCGGGCAAGAUUCCUCAAGAACGGACUUUCGUUGCUCGUCGGCUCGGUAGCGGUAGCGUCAGCGUCUCCAGCCGUGGCGGAGACGGAUUCGGACGAACUGGACGAAGAAACCAAGCAGAAGAUCACCCAGGCGUUGAUGGAAGCUCUGGAGGGCAUGGAAGGCGUGGAGCUCACGCCGGGGGGAGGGGCGCAGUCCAAGGAAGUCCUCAAGGCGUCUUCGGAUGUGCUGCCUAACAGGAGCCCGUUCGAGAUGCAGUACGAGCUGUUCAAGCGGGGGAUGGAACUCCAAGACGCAGACGACUUCGUUGGCGCGGAGAGGCAGUGGACAGAGAUCAUCGAGAACUUCAACAGCCCAAAUUUCCGGGCGACCAGCCCCGGGAACAAGGUGCUGCUGGCCAGGGCGUACAGCAACCGCGGCAACACGAGGCUCUCGCUGCAAAAGACGAGGGAGGCUAUCCUGGACUACAGCGAGUCCAUCGACCUCGUCCCGGAGAAGGGGGAGUUCUGGCUGGCUCGUGGGGUGGCGUUCGAGGACAUGGCCGACCGCAAGGUGCUGGCACGGGCAGACCGUAACGUUGAGGUGGCACGCACGUUCUACGAGAGCGCUCUUGCUGACUACGAUCACGCCGUGGUAUUGGACCCACAGGACGCCCGUGUGUACGUCAGUCGUGGCGACGCUAACACCCUCCUGGGCCAGGGACGCGAUGCGCUCGACAACUACAUCCGCGCGGUCAACCUAAGCCCCAUGACUCCUGAGUUUCGAGCAAAGGUGGCGCUGGCGGAGCUUCAGGUAGGGCACAAGCAGAAGGGCGCGCAACUCAUCGGGCAGCUGUUGCAUCGUUACCCGAGCUACCCGGAAAUGCUGCUGGCGGCCGCUUCGGUGGCCUGGAGCGACGGCGAGUUGGUAGAGAGCCAGGAGAUGUACGCCGAAGCGAUUCGCUUGGACCAGCGCCUCAUGGACGAGAACUACAUCUGGCUCAUCCUCCGCUGGCCGGAGCAGCCGCUCAGCAUGGUGAAAGCGCUCCGCUCGGCCUCCAGCGCCCCGAAGGGGAGCGGUCUCGAGGCCCUGGGGCUAAAAACGCUCUUGUCUAUGCCUCGUGAGGUCAUUUGACAAGGUUUCGAGCUUCUCGACCUCGGCGUCUUUGUCCUGAUCUGACCGGAUUCGGUUCGAUUUUUUAAUCGGAUCUGGUCACGUCACACGGUUGUCUGAUGCUAAUUUGACCUGAGGUGCAGUCUUGCUUUGGUCUACGCAAGCCGGCUUCGCAAGCUGGUGAUGCCUGUUGCUGAGAAGUGGGCCCAGUUGAUCAGGGCGCUGGCUUCUGGUUUGCCGAAGCCGCUGCGGGGGGUGUGAAUGAGAAGACGAUUUGUUAGGGGGGGGAUGAGGCUUUUGGCAGAGUACUGGCUGGUGGAUAUUGGGUAGAAGCGUGGGAUGAAGAUGGCCGAGCAUCGCAGCGGCGACGGGUAUUCUCAGGCCGCAUAUCGCAGCUAGGGAUUACACGAGAGGCGCACGAGUGGUAAAGGGGAGUUCCUUGUUGAAGGUGGCAGCUGAGCUGCUCCCGAUCGCAUGGACCGGCGUUUUCACGGCCGUAACACACGGACCGACAGACAACGUCUUUGUGAAUACUGUAUAAAGAGGGGUUUGUAUCGUGCGCGGUCCGACACGUACUCGGAUGUACGUUCGAUCGUUUUGAAACCGUGCGGGUGGUUUGUGUGAGAGUUGUGAAACAAAAUAUUGUUGGGUCGUAAAGCGAGGCACACGCCGAAUGUUAGUAACGUGCGGAGGGACCACCAAGCGCACCUGCGUGGAUGGCGACGUGUCCGUUUGGACUUGUUUUGAGUUUUGGUCGGGAUCGCGAGAAAAGGGGCAGCCGCUCAUCAAAGACGUUGGGUUGUUCGGCUUUGGUAGGAAGCAUACCCAGCCGCAACGCGAUGGCCGAGAGGACGCAUGAUACGUAAUUUGAUGGCGUGAAUGUUGGGCAUCCCUGGGUUUGUCUGAUGAUAUGGAGAGCAUAGGGCCUGUGGUGUUCUUGCAAAUCCACACGACGCAACAGUGCACAAAAAAUUCCCGUCGUACUAAAGUCGAAAUGCAUUUUUCCUUGCCAAGGAUUCUGAGCAACGCAAGCGGUGAAGACUCUUCGCCAACAGCCCUUGGCUGUAAUGGUAUGAAAGCGAGGCACGAAUUGGACUGAAAAUAGCUAAUUGCAGUUGUGUGUGGGGGGUAAAUUCGGUGUAGUGUGCGUUUGGGCGCGUUGCACACUGCACGUCAUGCGAGCUUGGACGACCGGGUUGCGAAUUGGUGGAUGAUGCGCUGUUGUGAGAGCGCAUGCUUGGACCUUUCGUGUACUUGCUCACUUUAUCGAGAGUUGCUGUUGCGCUGGCACGAUUGAGAUCGGGCGUGUGAGAACUAGAUCGUGUGGCAGUAGGUCGGUGUCGAUGGCAGUCUGAGGGUGUGCGGUACCUUGAAUCACCAGCCCGGUUGUUCUGGGAUGCACUAGUGUGUGUGUGAUGUCGCGGUUGUAACGUUGAUGUGUGUUAUUGGGUGAAAGAGUGUUCGCAGCAAGUCGCUUGAGAUCUAUGAUUGCGCGAUGUGGGUUGGUACGGCAUAUGUCGUCUGUAUUAAGAUGGGAUUUGUUUCCGGGCUACCGUUGCCUGUGGCUGCUUUUGCCUUGGAUCACCUGGUUUUCCCUCAAGUUUGUUGGCAUCAAGUCUUUUGUUUUCCCUGUCUACUAUGUUUCUUGCAGUAGUGGUAUUGGCGCUCUCCAGAGGUUUGUUUCUGGGAGGGAUGAAUCCACGGAAAUGGCAAGAGAUGUGCCAUUGAUUGUCUUUGCUUGGUCCUGCGUGUCGUGUGAGCUCUUGGAUAUGUUGCAAAAAGACGGGUGCUUUCCCGAACCUCACGUUGCAGCGUUGCACUCUGGUCGGUUGUAAAAUUGAACUGAAAAGAGUGUGCGAACGGUGGUAAGAGAAAAUCAACAGGAACGAUGUGUGUCAUAUGUUGUACAAGUUCGCAAGGAUAUGUGGAUGAUGCCUUCGGGCACCCGGCUGAGUCAGCGAAGGAGACACUCGGGCAAACGGGUUGUGCAUGCAGGGAGGUUGGUGACAAGAGUCGCACAAACCACGCGCUCUUCACCCACCAAAGCCAAUGAACGAAGGUUCCCCGGAACCGCGAGUGUACCUCUACAAUGAUUCGCUGGGGAUGUGAAU